CUAGUUGAGCGGGUCUGGAGGACUUUUAUAAUAAAACUACAGUGCUGUCUGUCAGCUUUAAACCGCUCCGAACCCUGACACGCAGCACAGGCUUGCCGGCGUUUUACUCCUCUGUUCCAGCAUGUCUUCACACAUUACCACAGACUUGGAACAAGAACUGGGCGAGUUGCUUCAGGAGUUCCAGGAUGUGGUGGAGGAGCUGAAGGCCCCUCUGCAAAGCAAACCACACGCUUACCAGCGAGUCCUGCAGGAAGCCAAAAGUCGCACGGGGCUUGGGGACGACAGCGGAGUGGAGGACUCUGAUUACAGCAGCGAAGCUUCUUUGGGAAACAGUUUGAACACCAGCGAGGAGGAGCUUCACACAGCAGGAAUAACGCUGGCACCGAAAGCCAAGCUGGGAGACACAAGGGAACUUGAGAGUUUUAUUGACAUGUUGGACCGGGAACUUGCUGAGAUGUGAACAGUGAGAGAUAGCGAGCCACGAAGAGGGGAUGGGGGGGGGGCAGAAACAGGCCGGGGGCGACAUGGCUGGCUACUGCCGAGCAGACAGGCAGAUCUACACCAGAGCAGAUCUGAGGAAGUAAAUGCUCCCCUGGCUGCUCCAGGGGAAAAGGUUACCAUCAGAAAUUAAAAGGGCACUCCAUUCCAAAAUGCAAGAACACCCUCAGACCCCUGGCAACGAUGGGCUCAGCCAGCAAGAUGACGUCCCUGCAGCAUCAGAUCCAAGAUGUGUAACAUAUUCUCGAAACUAGACAAAGCUUCCAUCUGUCCGGGCAUAUGAAAAAACGCCGCCUAGAGUACAGAAAGCAUGUUUAUGCCACGUUUGAAAUUCCCAUAAGUACUAUGCUAGUAAACGGCCCUAAAUCUUCAGUGCCAUAUUUUUUUAUUUUUUUUUAUAGGAGGCUGAUCUUUGUCUUGUUCACAAUUACAGUUGGCACUUUAGGUUUUAACUAAUUUCAAGUCCAAGGGGUUCAGAUCUGCUGUGUAAUAUCAAAUACCAUUUUUUUUUUAUGCUGAUGUUUCCAGUGUACAGUUCUUGUGAAUAUUCAUUUUUUUAAUAUAAAUUGUUGUACAGAUCAAUGCACAUAUAAAUAAAGCAAAAAUUUGAUUUUA